AUGCAAGCUACUCUCUGCGAGCCCGCGUUGGAUCGGUUGUGGGCCUGCCAGAGUAGCGUGACGAAUCUGGUGAAGUGUCUUCCGGAGGAGUCGUGGCAAAUGUGUAUUGGGGGAUCACCUACUCUGAUACGACACCCGCUUCCCGCUGAAUUGGACCGGUUCCGGUACUAUGCUGCAAAGGUUCGGUUCCUGGCGAUAGGAUCCAACGCGUCAGACGACCUCGUUAUAGCACUCGCGGCCCGUAGUCAGGUGCCGCUCUUUCCCAACUUACAAGCACUUCAUUGGUGGAUGGAUAACUACAACCUUGCCUAUAUGCUGGAAUUUCUCGUGCCUCGGCCGCGCGCCCUCAAUGUGACGCUGGAUGGCGAAUCAGAGGGAGCUGGAUUGAACCGCCUGCUCGACAUUGUUCACACCAAGACACCCGCACUUGAGUGCUUCAAAUUCGAGUGUGUGGACAGCCCACCGCUUCCUGCGCCGGGACGUCUCAUCAGCAAUUCCACGUGUUUUGCCUCGCUCCGCGUGUUAGAGUGGGACCCGCUGCUAUCUGUCGCGGAUAUUGUGGCACUCGCGGCCUUGCCAAAUCUACAGGAUCUGAAGUUCAAUGCGACUAGGAUCCCGAGCGGCGUGAUGCUCGACUUCUCUGCUCUGCCAGGCCCACCAUUCUCGGAGCUCGCCACCCUGCGCGUGCAGGCAGACACUCUACAAUUCUGCUCGGAUUUUGUUGAAGCAAUAAGGAGCUGCGCACUACGUACGCUGGAAGUGACAGCACCCGGUAUCACAUGCGGUGACAUCUCCAGCCUACUCAGCCGUCUCCGCCGACGCAAUCUCAAGAGUUCCCUCCGGGUUCUGCAUAUCCAUGGAGGUAUUCAGGAAUCGGCGAUCACCAUGCCGCUCGAUAUGCUCCGUCCUCUGUGUUGUCUAGCCAAUCUGGAGGAGCUCUGGUUCCGACUCCCGUGCGCUUUUACCGGGACCAACAUCGUCCUAUUGGACCUAGUCAAGGCCUGGCCGCGACUGCAGGUGCUCCAGCUUGGAGAGCAGUCGCGGCUAGGUCGCUCGGAUUUCACCCUGCUCGUGCUCGAACAGCUUGUCUUCCACUGCCCACACCUGCGGGACUUGGACAUUUCGGGACUGAACAUCAACUCUACAGUCACGAUGGAGUGGAAGAUUAAGAGCAGCCGUGAGGAGCGACCGGUGGCGCGUAACGGCGAGCUGCUGGAGCUAACUCUGGGGAGAUCCAUCGUGGGGGAUCCCCUCGAAGUAGCAAUGCUGCUGUCGAGGAUCUUUCCGAGGCUGAGAUCUAUACAGGCGACGGAUCCGCAUGGGAAGGACGUACGAUGGAGGGAAGUGGAGAAGUAUAUAGGCAUUUUCAAUCGCAUUCGGCGAGAGGAACGCUCCUGGUGGGACUCCAAGGAUGUCAAGGAAGAGUAG